AUGGUUGGGCAGUGUUACUAUCCGUGGAGAAAACUGGGAAGACUUUAUUCUUGUCGCGGCCGGUAUGAGUGCCGCCUGGAGGGCUCACAAGAAGAUGGCGCAAAUGUUCGUCGUGCGGAGGCUGAGAUUUCUUUGGAGAUGGCCCUGUGUGGUCAUUAUCAGGGAAAGCUUUACCAUCGGGAGAUCAAUCACAUAGAGUUUCUUCCUCCUCCUGUAUCUGAAAGACGCAUGCAGGAGCUUGGUGGGUUGCUCUUGGUAGAAGGGGGAAAUGUGGGUUCUCAUGGGUCUGCAUCACCUUCUCAGCCGACCGUUGUGGCCAUUUCCCCAGUCCAUUCCCCAGUUGCUGUUCCUUCUGGUUUUCCUGCGGGUGCACAAGUAGAAAGAAGUAAUGCGCCUACUCGGAAAAAGCGGAGCAUGCGUGUGGUGCCGUCGUCAGAAGAAGAGAUAGAAUCCGACGAUGCGGGUCUUUGUCCUCGUAAAGCUCGUAGGAUUGUGUCUAUGGCCAGGCUUCUUGGUUGUAUCGGGGAUAUUCUUAGUGGUCAAUUCUAUGUGCCUAAACAGAGAGAGGUGGUGGUGGUGCCCAGUUCUCCUGGGGCCUCACUCUCUCGAUCUGUUGGUUCACCAUUGGCCUACGCUCUGGGCUGGGCGAUUACUAGGGAUUCUUUGCUGUCAGAAGACACUACUGCCCAGGAGUGGAGUAGGUGCGCUCAUCCUCCGGCCACGAUGAGUUCGCUUGUGGGUCAAUCAAGUGAUCAUAUGGCUGAUGACCUUUGUUACGCCACAACCCAGACCUCUUCCCUUAUGGUUGCUACCGUUGACCAGGUUCGCCUAGCCGAUGUGGGUCAGGGGAAAUUAAAAGUAGUGCAGGGUGCCUUGGCAGGCAUGAGGAAGGAGGUUCGUGAUUCAUAG